AGUUGGGGAUACCGCGCCUGUCUGCCGGUUGUUUGAUAGUCUCAUUCCGCUUACUACGAGCGAAUUUAUUAAAAAUAAUAAGAGGAGCUAUAGUGUCGUUAACAAUGUGUGACUGCAAAAAAUAUACAAAAUGUAAAUAGUGCUUACUUCAAAUAUUGGUGAUUGUUAUUUUGAUACAUUUCUCCACUUGGAUAUCAUGAUAACGAACAUGACGUCAUUCAUUCUAUUAAAGACAAACUCAUUUCUAUUGAGAAUGAACAGAGAAGACAACGUGAACUGGUUUCAUGGCAAAAUAUCUCGAGAAACAGCUGAGAAACUCCUCAAAGAAGAGGAUGAAGAUGGUGUAUUCCUUGUUAGAGAAAGUAAUACGUCUCCUGGGGAUUAUGUUCUGUCAGUCUUGCACCAGGGUGAAGUUGUACAUUAUCAAAUCCGGAGACAUGGAGAGGAUGCCUUCUUCUCUAUUGAGGAACACACAACUGUACAUGGAUUAGACACAUUGAUUCAGCAUUACCGUGGCAAUUCUAAUACUCUUGUCACUCGGCUAUCAGUGGUCUGCAAGGGACAGCCUCCACCUCAUGAGUCAAGGACACAAGGAACUACAAACCUCUUGCACAGGGCGACGGAGGCUGGGGACUUGAACGUGGUGUCUCAGCUGCUGGCGUGCGGAUACCGGAGCCGCGACGCCAAGAACCAAGAUGGACAGAGCGCCGUGCACUUGGCGGCGCGAGCCGGUCGCGACAAGAUCCUGGCAGCGCUCAUCGACAGCGGUGCCACCGUCAAUGUUCGCGACUCUUUCGGAUACACACCACUACAUUACACGUGUCAGAAUAACCUGGCGAGCAUGACAGAAAUGCUGAUCAGCAAGGGUCACGCCAACUACCAGAUGAGGCACGCGCCCACGGGCAAAGUGCCGCUACACGACGCUGCGCAGAGAGGGAACAUAGAAUGUAUCAAGGUGCUAUUGAAGUUAAAAGCCCCCGCCCACCCGCGAACGAUAGCCCAAGACACGCCUGCGCAACUCGCCAAGCAUUACGGACACACCGAGUGCUAUCAGUUGCUCAAGAACCACAAGCCGGCACCCUCCAAUACAACGAAGAGCCAGUGGUACCACGGGACGUUAAACCGGGAUGAAGCCGUUCAGAUCUUAGAGGAAUACUGCAAGCAGCACAACCUGACUGAGCGAAGUGACGGCGUGUUUCUGGUGCGUUACAGCGAGCGGAACACCGGCGCAUACGUUCUGACCAUGCUGACCGACAACACGCCUUAUAACUUUAUUAUUCGGAAAGAGAACGAGUGGCUGUUUAUCGACGAUGGGCCUUACUUGGAGUCCCUGGAGCGUCUCAUCGAGCACUACGGCACCGUUCUCGACGGCCUGCCCACCAAGCUGACCACGCCUGUUCCGCCUAAACCCAAACCACCGCUGCCUGAAUUCUCAACUAUGCCCCGAACGAAGAAACAUUCAAGUCGCGUCAACUCAAACCAAUCGUUGUCUCUCGUCAAGAAUGAUAUCCUCAACGACAACGCGUCACCGAUCACGAGUAGUGCUUUCGAGCUGUUAACGAGGAACCUCUCGUUCUCGUCGGACUUCAACAGUGACCCCCUGAACAACAACGAUGACGAGUGCGACACGUACAAGGUGCCGGCCAAUAACAGUGCGGUGACGUCACUCACGGAGAACUAUAACGAAAUAUCUAUUAAUUCGGACGGUCAGCUGUCUACGCUUCAAGAAUUCAUUCCAUUCAGCGAGCUGACGUUAGGCGCAGUUCUGGGCGAGGGUGAAUUCGGGUCUGUUCUCCGCGCGCUGUACUCUCCGGUGAACCAGUCGCCGCAGCAGGUGGCCGUCAAGACAUUACACCUGCAACACACCGACACCAACAAGCGGGAGUUCCUCGCAGAAGCCAAGCUGAUGAUGACGCUGCGGCAUCGAUGUAUCGUCAGGCUUAUUGGAGUCUCCUUGGGUCCUCCGCUGGCCAUGGUGCAGGAGCUGGUGCCCCUGGGGUCGCUGCUGGAGUACCUGGUGCGGCACCGCGACGUGUCGGCGGGCUGCGAGCUGCGCCUUUGGGCGUGCCAGGUGGCGAGUGGCAUGCGCUACCUGGAGCGACGCCGCUUCGUGCACCGCGACCUGGCCGCCAGGAACAUCCUGCUGGCCACCAGACACCAGGCGAAGAUAAGCGACUUCGGUUUGUCUCGCGCGCUGUCCGCGGACAGCUCGUACUACAAGGCGAGCCGCGGCGGCAAGUGGCCCAUCAAGUGGUACGCGCCCGAGGCCUACAACUACGGCAGCUUCAGCCACGCCAGCGACGUGUGGAGCUACGGCGUCACGCUGUGGGAGAUGUUCAGCUACGGCCAGCAGCCUUACGGUGAAAUGCGCGGUAUCGAGGUGAUACAGUUAGUAGAGAGCGGGGAACGGCUGCCGCGGCCCGACAACUGCCCCGACGAGAUCUACCAGGUGAUGCUGGACUGCUGGGCCUACACCCCCGACACGCGGCCCAGCUUCGGGAAGCUGCUGGACGUGUUCUCGCACCACCCGGACUAUGUCAACAUCAGCCAGCUGGCCAUCGACGACGGCGCGUGACACCCCCCACGAUGCUGCUUCCUGAGGAUGCUGUGCUCCGCGCAACCCCCGCACUUCGUGUGAGUGAUUAUAUAUAUUACGAACAGUGUUACCCUCUAAACAAUUUGUUAUUUUCAAAGUGAUAUCCCUCCUUCUGGGAUUAAUGCGUAUCGAACCCGCGAUCUCGGGUUCCGUCCGACGGCUCUUCCAACUGAGCCAACCAAGCGAAGCCAAGGCUAACUGUCAAGCUCAAUUAUUUUCGACGUUUUCACAGCUGUGUGUGUAAAUGAUCUAAGGUAUUAAUCAUGAUAUAAUUAUAAUUACAAUAUAAAAUGUUUAAUUGACACGAAUAGUCUCGAUAUAAUAUAGGGUAUGUUCCGAUAUGCACUGCACAGUGCUAUCACUGCAGAGAAAAUUCAUUCCGUUGUAGACUGCCAGUAUUCUGCCGCAGUACCCUAGGGGAAAUAUAUGAUAAAUCGCCAUAUUCUACUGUGAGCACUGGCGUUUUCGAGGUAAGGUACUCGCAGUAUUUUGAUCACGUGAUCAGUCAAAACCAUAUACCAGUGGGAAGCUCCUUUGCACAGGAUGCCGGCUAGAUUAUGGGUACCACAACGGCGCCUAUUUCUGCCGUGAAGAAGUAAUGUAUAAACAUUACUGUUUCGGUCUGAAGGGCGCCGUAGCUAGUGAAAUUACUGGGCAAAUGAGACUUAACAUCUUAUGUCUCAAGGUGACGAGCGCUAAUGUAGUGCCGCUUAGAAUUUUUGAGCUUUUCAAGAAUCCUGAGUGGCACUGCAUUGUAAUGGGCAUGGCGUAUCAAUUACCAUCAGCUGAACGUCCUGCUCGUCUCGUCCCGUAUUAUCAUAAUAAAAGAAAACGAGUGCCUAACGUUUACGCCUAAUAUUUUUAAUUUGACAGUAGUCCAACAACAGUUUUUUUUAAUGAAAUAGAAAACUUUAAUACACUCAUUUGAAUGCUGCGUCAAAAAAUGAGUUUUAAACAGUAACCAGUAUAACUGGCUAAUAAAGGAACGGCUUCACAGUAUGCUAAAUUGACGUCACACUGUACAGUGGUCGUAGUGCAUAUCGGAACAUACCCAUAAUCAUUAUUUGUAUGCUAUAUUUCAACUGGGGUUUCAUAUAACAUGCUUAGUCUCUAAACUGUUUACUAAAAGCCGGACUUUAUAUAGCGUGCCAUGCAAUUUGGUCAUUAGAAACAAUUUCAAAUUGCUAUUUAAAUGUAGUGAUAUUAUCAUUAAGAAAUUUACUAUAUUAAUUAUAAAAUUUUGGAUAUCUAUUUAGUAAAUUGUGAGGGGAUUAUGUUGAAUUUAGUGAUAAAUUCUUGUAAUUAUAUGGAUCUAUAUUUCGUAGGUAAUAAAUGUAAAUAUUAAUAAAAUUAAAUAUAUUGACAAUACAAAAAAGUUGAAUAAGCAACGGAUAGAGCAAUAUGAUCUGUAGUUUUGUUUUCCUGAGUGAAUGAAUGAAUGGUUGAAAUUAUUCACAAAUCUCAAAAAAUAUUAGUAUUAGUUAUAAAUAAUUUUUAAAGUUGGAAUAUGUUUGUUUGCCAUUAUAUGCCUGAGGUAUUAUUAGAUUAUAAGUUUCAUUGAUGUACAAACUAUUUGCUAAUUAAACUUCCAAUAGCUUAUAUUAUAUUAAGCUAUACGCAAUCACCAUAUUUUUAGAAUUUUAUGAAAAAAAAAUAUUAAAAUAUUUUUAUUAACAUUUAUAUAAGACGAUUAUUAUUAAAAUUUUAUAUACGAAGGAGUUCUUAACAUGUUUAUUGGAAAUUCAAUGAAAAUCUAGAACAUUUCUUUGUUUUCGUAUCAGGUGUAAGUUUUACUUUAGAUAUUAACUGAUAUUUUAUCCAAUAUUAUUUUGUCUGCGGUAAGGAAUUUAAUAUAUGUAAUAUUGUGUAUUUAUUUGAAGUUAUAUUUCUUUAGGCGCGUUAUGAAAAACUGAUGAGAGUGAGAUUUUAAAAUUCGCGCGUAUCACUGUACAAAACACAAAAGUAACAGGUUGAAGUUUGUUAUUAAAAUAUGUCAUAAUAAACAUUGACAUUUGACACAUUUCUGACAAAUACACUGAUUGUAUGUUUUAUUUAUUUAGAGCCUUGGUACCAAACAAACCAAAAUACAAUAAAAGAAUAUUUAAAUAGGUUUAUUACUGCAUUUACAAAUUACAUAGACAUAAAAGCAAAACAUAAUGACGUUUGUACCUUUUUAAUGUUAUUGAAGAUAAACUUAUUUGCGCGCGCACAACGACAUCUAAAAAGCGUUCUAAAAAAGUUUUCGAUAUUAAAUUUUUUUUUGGUUUCUUUAAAAAUGGAUUUUAGAACAGGCAAAUGGUGCAAGACGUAUAUAUACAGCCGUAUUCGCUAAUAUUCAAUAAUUUAUUUCACGAUUUUUACAAUAUUGUUCUUUCUACAAACGUAGAAUAGCACAACGAACAAAUAACUUUAAGGAUUUGUUUUAUUACAACAAAGAAGUAUAACUUCUUGCGUGCAUACAUAAGUAUACACACACUAUUUUUUGUUUUUUCGAUUUUUUUUAAAUUGUAAACAGCAAAAAGCGUUUUGGUCGUGUUUUUUAUAAUAACGUUAAUGAUGUAAUAAUGUAGGGUUACCAGCGAUAGUUAAAUGAAUACGAUAUGGUAUGUUGAACAAAAUAUGUAAAUGUAACUUUCACUUUUAUACUUCGCUUUUGUAAGUCAAUUAUAUACUUAGGAUACAUACUGUAUUUUUAAUAAUAAUAUCUAUAAUACCUAUAUUAAAGGGUAAUUAAAAUCUUUAUUAAUGUGCUGUUCACGCAUUUUUACCAUUUAGGUUCCUUAUAUAGUCACGAAACAUUUGAUACAAUAUGUACAUUCCUUUUUAACUAGUUUUUAGACAAAUUAUUUAUAUACAUAUAAAACUGCAAGUGUAUUAAUUAAUAGUUAUUUAUGCCACUGUUGUGUAAUAAGGUGUAUUAAAACACGAAUUUGGGUUUACCAUAAUAGUAUCACAUGGGUGUUUUAAUAUGUAAUUAUCAACAGUUGCAUAAAAGACGUUAUCUACACCCAUAAUAUGAAUCCUCUAUAAAAGAUUCGGAAACAGUUAGCUUACUGCUAACAUUAAAAAUGCUAGCUCUAGUAACCAUAAUAUCAUCCAAAGGAGUGUUAUUAUGAAACCGGAUGAUAUAAUGUUGUACUGAAUUUCAUUACAACACUCGUUUGGGUGAUGUAAUGGUUAUUAGGACAUUGGGGUGUUUUAAUGUCUGGAAUAAGCUAACUGUUUUAGAAUCUUUAAUAGAGGAUUUAAAGCAUGGGUGUAGAUAAGUUUUAAUAUAAUUUUUUAUUGUACAACGAACUAUAAUGAUAAUAUGUAAUGCCAUGUUUUUUUUUUCAUUCUAUUGCCAUGUGGUUGUGUUAUAAUUACGUUUAGGUAUGUACAAAAUUUUAUGGAUAGUUACCCAAAAUUAUAAUGUUUACUAAUUUUGAAGAAUUUAUAUAAAAUUCUAUGAGUCUGAUUAUGUGUAUUUUAUUUUGUAAAAUUAUAUCAUUUAUGUUGAAAUAUUGUGAUAAAAUGGUGUUUAUAAAUAAAGUUUUAAUGUCAUCA